UGACCGCCCUUCUGCCCACGUAUUUCGGACAAUCCAAGAUCUCGUCACGUGGGACAGUCAUCGCAGCUUCCAUUUACCCAGCUCGAACUUCAACUCCAACUCAUCAACUUCACCUCGACAUCCACCACCGCAAAAAGCCAGAACCCACCACACCAUGUCCCCAUCAUCAUCCCAACUCCCCUCAUCAAAAUCUGCACCAUCUCCAACAAAACGUCAACCCUCCCCAUCAACAUCACAUCCUCCCCAAUCCUCCUCCCAACUCCACUACACAGUCUUCAUCCGCCUUCCCUUUCCCCGCGCGCACUUCACCGAACCACCAGCUUCCACAUGGUCCGCCUCUCGCGACCGUCAAUUAUGGAAGCUCAUCUCGACUUCCGGCGGUAAUGCAGGCAAAGAGGGGCUGGAUUGGGAACGAUUGGCGAAGGAAUUUGACGUCGAGUUGGAGUUUUUGUUGAUGCAGGCGGCUUGGUUGAGUGAGCGGCAUAUGGAGAGGAUGAGGAGGAUUGUGCCGAAGAUGGGUGGGGAGAAAAUGGAGAGGGGUGAGAGUGGAGGGAGGGCGGGAGACUCGAAAGUCGCAGCCUCAAUUAUUACACCGCUCGCAAGUGGAGUCGGUGGCGAUGGCGCAGACUCAUCAAUUCGGACUCUCGCUUCAGCUGCACCACCGCCAUUCUCACGUACACCCUCCGGCGGCACCGUCACGCAGAGCAAAGUCUCCGCCCACGCAUCACGCAACUUCCGCGGCUCCAGCAGUUCUGGCCGCCGGCCUGUUCUUGCCACUACUCAUGAUGACGAGCUCCAGAAACAAGAUGCUCUGGAUCAUGAAGGCGCCGUUUCCUCAUCCUCUGAAUCAGAAGAAGCGAUCUCGCGGCGCAGUCCUGCAUUUCGUCGACCAUUGAUGUCGGCGAGUACGAAGAAGAUCAAACAAUCCGCUCUCGCUACUACCCUCGGCUCAGACGGCGACGGCGACGAUGAUGACUACUCAAGCGGAGGCGGGUACCUUCCCUUUGCCUCAACCACAUUCGCCCAGUCCACUGAAGGAUCAACCGCAAAAGACGGCUCGGCAGCUACCCUACGAAAAGCCAACGUGGCGGCAGGAACUACGUCUUCGGACGCAUCAGGUUCCGCGACCGCCACAGCAUCUUCAUCAAAACCACAGAUCGCCAACACCUCGCGCUUCAAGAACCCCCAACCAGCAUACUCCGAAUCCUCACCCUCUCCUCCGACAUCCUCCGUCCUGCCACCCCGCCCAUCCAACCCCACAGUUACGGCUCCCAAAACAAAGUCCAUCCCACCCCCACCCUCUCAAACCCAACGACAACCCAACACACCCAGCAAAACCCCAACCGAAGCAGAAUACCACUCCCCCACCUCUAUCGGCAGUUCUUUUUCCGACCUGGAAGACGCAGGCGUGACGCGUAGCGCGUUGGAGGAAGCGGUGAUGAGUAAUGUCCGGGGAGGGACUUGGAGUGGGAUUAGUGCAGCGGGAAGUGGAGGGAAGGUAGCGAAGGGAUUGAGGGACGUUCUUAGAGGCGGCGGAGAAAGGCGGUGA